AUGUCAAAAAAACGCACCAAAUCUCUGCCUCCCCAACAAGUCUCGACCACCGUCACAUCCUCAGCAACACCAUCUGCCUCAUCAGGGGUCUCUUCACCAUCCGUACCGAAAGAUGUCUCAUCAUCCUCUCACGUCAAUCCUUCUUCUCACAUGAUCACUCACUCUCUCACAACCUUCUCAUCAAGUUCCUCGGAUCAGCCACCACCAAUUCAGCAAUCAACUCCUUCUAAUUUUCUCUUCUCUUCACCCUCUUCUCCCAUUCCGAUCCAAAACUCUCAAUCUAUUGCCACUACUGGUAGGACCUCAUCUCCAGGCUCAUCCGGACAACCUUCUAACGUGAAUUUCAUUAUUGCAUCAUCAUCUCCUGCUGGCAUAACGGUUGUACCUAACGCUUCUCCGAAAGGAGGAGAAGUAGCACUCUCUUCUUCUUCUUCAUUAACGACCUCGGAUUCUUCAUUGAUGAUUCAUUCUCCUCUAUUGAAUCAACAACAAGUUCCUGAAACGACAACCAUGACGACGACUCCCUCUCCUCAAAAAAUUAUUUAUUCAUUCUCUCAACAACAACUGCCAACGACGACGUCGAGUGGUUACAAGAAUGUGACACCACCUUCUGCAUUUUCUUCAGCUUCUUUAGAUGCAAUUUUGAAAAAUGCAACGACCGAGAUGAAACAAAUGAUGACAACUCAUUUACCAAUGAUUGCAAAACCUCUAACUUUUAAUGAUUUACCCAAUGAUUUAAUUCAUUACAUUAUUUGCUUUUUAGAACUGAAAGAUUUUUUAUCUUGCAGACUCACGAAUCGAGUGUUUCACAUUUUAGCAGAAAAUGAAUGGCAACGUCAUUACAGAGCUGUCUGGGAAGUUCCACAUCGAUUGGUAUUUUGGGAUAUUGAUACACCCAUGCAUCAAACAUCAAGACAAUCUCUUUUUGUACAAACCUCACCUUGCUUGCAUUCAACUAAAAAUCAUCAGAAUGAAGACAUGAUGAUAGCUUCAAGAUUUUCUCGAAUUCACCAUCAAUAUAAUGGAAAUAUGGUGACUUGGAGUCAAAGAAAGACCAUGUUCUUCUCAACACCAGGUUCCAUUUCCACCACAUCCAUUCUUGAUUAUAACAAUCCAUGGAAGGAUUUAUUUAUUGAAAGGUAUCGAAUCAUUCACGACGGGAAUAAUGCUUCAAGCAAGAGAAAACUUGGAAUUUUCUCUUCGCGACAAACAUCUAGUGAAGAUUACGUAGAAAAAGGUUACCGUUGUGUGUAUCGUAAUGAAUACAGCAAAGCCAUUCAUUACUUUGAAAAGGCCAUCUCCCUUAGUAAGGAAGGAUGUGCUCGAGCUUGGGAAGGCCUCGCCAAGAUUUGUUGGAUCAGAGAUUUACCUCAAUAUGUGAUUGUGUAUGCCGAGGAGGCGUUGAAAAACAAUCCAGUGAAUCCAGGAGAAUUGUUUUUCAUCAGAGGAAAGGCUCUUUUAAAGCUGAAUCGAAUUGUGGAAGCUUUGCCUGAUUUGACCAAAGCUGUGAAUUUUCUAACGAUGAGUCCUGUCAAUUAUCACUUGUUUUUAAAGAUUAGUGAAGUCUAUUAUGAGAGGAUGAUGUGUCAUAUUGAAUUAGGCAAUAUUGAUCAAGCGUUGGCAGAUGGUGAAACUAUAAUGACCACUGACAAGUGCUUUGAAACGGAUUGUUUUUUCAAGGCUGCCAAAAUCCUCUUUGAAAAGCAACAAUACGAGGAUGCCGAAAAAUUUAUGACCAAUUCCUAUGUGAAAAAAACACCUGACUAUUACUUACUCUAUUUACAAAUCAAAAGUGCGAAUGGAUCUUAUCAAGAAGCAUUAGAAUAUUUGAAAAAGUUUGAAGAAUUGGAAGCAAAGAAAAGAUCCAAUACAAUUAACAACUCGGCAACGGCCUUAACAAAAGAAUCUCUGAUAGAGAUUGGAAUUGUGUUACUCAUGAAUGAUUGCAUCAAUGAAGCGGUCGAGUAUUUCACUAAAGGAGCUCUUCUAAGAAGUGCUGCCUCUCAAACCAAUAAUACUGCAUCUCCACCAAACUCCAGUAGUAGCGAUGAUCUCAUCUUUAAUUCACUAAUGAGAAGGUCUUCUCUUUCUUUUGCUUUUUCUUCCCACAAAAUUAUUGACGAAGAGGCGACACAGAGGGCCAAACUCUUUGUGAUUGAUGCUGCGACAAGACAAAAAAAAGAGUAUUCGAGCUAUUUUGGAACUGACCUAAAGGGAGAUUCGUAUUUUGAUAUUCACAUGGCUUGGUCCUAUUACUAUUAUCUUUUAGCCAUGCUUUAUUAUUGUAGAAACACCAUUACAUUCAAUGGAGCUGAAAAAGGAAGAUAUUCUGCCUCGUUUUCAACAAGGUCAACUGCAACUCAGCUCAUGUCCUUAACGUCGCAGAAUAAUGAAGAACUGGGAUCUUCACGAUUGAUAUUGCUAAUCAAAGGACAGAAAAAUUACAUUUAUCAACAAAGAAAAUUGACCAUUCGAUUUGUUAACGAACAUUUAGAAAAUGAUUUGAAACAUUCGAUUACAAACCUCACAAGAUCCAUUACUCUAAAUCCAACGCUGUGUGAAGGAUUUUACUAUCGUUCACUUAUGAAAUGUUUCUUACAAAUUGAUAACCAUCUCAUGUCCAUAUGCUCCUCACCCAUGUUUGGAUCAACACUUACUCAAAACGGAAUAGUUUCAUUCUUGAUUGAAAAAUUUAAGAAAAAGAAGUCACCUCAAAAAGAUGCUAUCACAGGAUAUAAGAAACACAAAAAGAUGCACAAAAACAUUUCUGACAAAAUUAAUGUUGUCACUCAUAUGAGAGAGGCCUUGAAUGACUGUGAAAACGCGUUUACUCUCAUUACCAUGGAAUUGAGAAUCAAUACUGUUGAUGAACUCGAAGAAAUUGACUUUAAAUCAAAUAACGAUAUCUCCACUAUUGAUUUAUCAACAAAAUCAAGGAAGCAUACAGAGCUUUUGGUUGAUAUUUUACUGCUACGAGCUUUUCUUUUCUAUUGCUUUGGAAAGAGUGCAGAAUGUGCUGAAUGCACAAAUUUGGCAUGUUAUUUGUGUAAUUCAGUUUCUACCUCUUCAACACCAAGCGAGAACGUAGAGACGACUACUUCUCAUUCCAAUACUACUUCAUCCAUAAGUGAUGUGACGCCAUCAGAAACAACAACAACAGAAGGAAACUCUCAACAAGAAAAUGAUCACAUCAUGUUAGAAAAUAUUACUUUUGAGAGACAAUUAUUGGCCGGUCAAGGACUCUUUGCUCUCAAUGAAGAUUUUGAAGCUCUUAAAGAAAUGCAUCCUCGCUUCCUCACGAUGAGAAAUGAUGCCAUCCAACGACAUGUCGAUCAACUCAUCAUGAACUUUAUCAUUGAGCCAGAGUAUAGUUAUAUUUCCCAACAAUUAGAUUACAUGCUCGUCAUUAUUCAUUCUCAGCUCUUACAAAAGGAUUUACAAAACAACUCGAGUUCUGAUAAGCUGUGA